AUGGCGCUCUCUCCGUUUGUGAGCGAGGUUGUGGCGGAGUUUGUUGGCACGUUCCUCUUCGUGUUAACCAUCCCGCUGGCCUCGCUGGGUGUGGGAUCGCUAGCCCCACUGCCGAUUGGCUUUAUGCUUGCGGCGAUGACGUUCUCCUUUGGAUACAUUAGUGGAGCUCAUUUUAAUCCGGCCGUCACCUUUGCCACGUUGAUCAACGGCAAGAUUUCCUUAAAGAAGGCGCUGUUCUACAUGCUCGCACAGAUUGUGGCUGCUUUUUUGGCGGCCCUGUACGGCUCUGCCAUCGUUGGCCUCGAUAUUCCUGUUCCUUCGACGGAUGUCUCUCUCGUGAGCGUGUGGCAGGCCCUCCUGUGCGAGAUGGUGUACACCUUCGCCUUGGCCUCUGUGGUGCUGCAUGUGAACUACUCUAGGCAGCGGGGCAACGAGUUUUACGGGUUUGCGAUCGGCAUGACCGUGCUCUCCGCCUCCUUUGCCGUGGGUGGGUUCACUGGCGGUGCCUUUAAUCCUGCCGUGGCCACGGGCACGCAACUGGUUGGCUGCAUUGGCGGGAAAUGCAAGCCACUGAUCUUUUUUUGGAUCUAUUGGGCCGCACCACUGGGCGGCUCUCUCCUGGCCUCGAUUGCCUAUCAAAUUCUGGACACGCACGAUCGCACGGCGCUCAACGGUGUCUCUGGUCGAGUCUUCUGA